CCGGCGGCGUUUCGGCGGCGGGGCCGGGGCGGCGGGAGGGGCGACGGGGUCAGACAAAGCGGUUAAUGAAUGGGCGCGCCCGCCGUGCCCUGCGCCGUCGAGCCCGCGGGCCGAGCCGCGCCGAGCCGGCGCCGCAGGAAAUGCAGAAGGACUGAGUGUGUGCUGACAAGGUGGCAAGGGUCCUGUCCUUAGCAGCAGAGGCAAGUCUGGCCAAAAGUACGUACGUCCACACCUCCAGGGACACAUUCUACACGGCACUCCCAGGACACAGUGCCUCGGGCCCUGUGACGGCUCCUGCCAGGACUGCGUACUGUUCAGUGAGGUUUGUGAUGGGCUGUGUCCACAGAGCCAUCCUGGAGGACGGAACGCAUGUGAAACAUGGAGGUGCUCUGCACUCGGGCCACGACGGAGCAUUGGGACCAAUUUCUCAUUAGCCUGAGACUUUAGCAUGACGAAGCAGGCGGGAUAGUUAUGAUUGGUCAUGGAAAAUAACCAGGAAACUUGUCCCAAAGGGGACGAGGAUUUCGUUUCUGAUAAGAUAAAUUUCAAAAUAGAGGAGGAAGACGAUGCUCAAAUCCCUAGCCACCAUCUGGAAAGAAUGGACUUCCAAAGUGAGCAGGAGGACAUGAGGCCAGCAGACAGUGGGGACGAGCAGGCAGAGGUUGGGGCUGCAGGCUGCGCCUGUCGGCCCCCCGGGAAGUGCCUGCCCGCGGAGAGUGAGGAUGAGUACGGGGCCCUGCUCUCCCAGUACAGCAGCACCCUGUACAGUGUGGCCAUGGAGGCCGUCACUCAGAGCCUCCUCUCCGGCCGCCACCUGAGCUCCAGAAAGAAGUCUCCAGCCUGGAAGCAUUUCUUCAUCUCCCCCCGAGACAGCACUAAGGCCAUCUGCAGGUACUGCGUGAAGGAGUUCAGCAGGGGCAAGAAUGAGAAGGACCUGAGCACCAGCUGCCUGAUGCGGCACGUGAGGCGUGCGCACCCCACCAAGCUGGCGCCCGAGAACGGGAGCCUCGCCGGGGCACCCUUCCCCACGCCCUCACUCCUGCUCCCACCGCAGCCCGAGGACACGGGUGACCUAGGCGCCACACUGUCCCCCGUCAGUCUCGUCCCAGACAUGGCGCCUAAGAUCCCGUCCCCUGACCGGAUAAAGGAGGAGUGUGUGUCCGCGGUGCCCUCGGAAGGAGUCACAGACACGUUUGGCAGAGAGGAGGCCCUAGCGGGCUGCUCCCCACACCUGCCUUCGGUGCACUAUGAUGAGGCCGCUGCAGACGGCCUGGCUGAGAGGAGCCUGCUGCUUCCCAGGAGCACGGCUGGCUCCAGGAGGAGGUCCGCCGUGUGGAAGCACUUCUACCUGUCGCCCCUCGACAGCUCCAAGGCUGUGUGUGUGCACUGCAUGAACGAGUUCAGCAGGGGCAAGAACGGCAAGGACCUGGGCACGAGCUGCCUCAUCAGACACAUGUGGCGGGCGCACCGUGCCGUUGUGCUGCAGGAAAAUGGGAGUGGCCCCGGCAUCCCACCCCUGUACUCCACACCCCCUACACUGCUGCCCACCCUGCUGCCCCCUGAGGGCGACCCUAGCUCUGUGGCAUCCUCUCCAGGAAAACCCAUGGGGGAGUGCCCAUCCACUGCCUCAUCCCCAGACCAGCUAGCCGAGGACCUGCCGCUCCAUGCCCAUCCUGGGGACACGCUCCAGGAAGAUGCGUCCGUGCUGUCAUCCUCUGACGACGUCGCUGAGGCCUCGGCUGUGUCCUCCCACAAGAAGCCGCGCACUGACGGGCUGAGUCCCAGGAGGUUUGAAUCAGGGGCCAUCUUUCAGCAGAAUAAGAAGGUAAUGAGGAGACUCAAGUCAGAAGUCUGGCACCACUUCUCUCUGGCCCCCACGGAUAGCCUCAAGGCCGUGUGCCGCCACUGCAGCUGUGCCAUCAGCCGGGGCAGGAAGGGGGACGUGGGCACCAGCUGUCUGAUGCGGCACCUGUACAGGCGCCAUCCCGAGGUGGUCGGUGUGCAGAAGGAUCUCCUGGGUGCCAGUCUGGCCAACUCUCCAUAUGCCACACUGGCUUCUGCCGAGAGCUCCUCCUCCACGCUGAGUGUCUUGCCAUCUGCAGUCAGGAAAAACCACCAGGUCCUGUUUCCUGUCCACAGCAAGAAGACCUCAAAGCUGUGGAACCACUUUUCCAUCUGCUCCGCGGACUCCACCAAAGUGGUGUGCCUGCACUGUGGCCGCACCAUCAGCCGAGGCAAGAAGCCCACCAACCUGGGCACCAGCUGCCUCCUGAGACACCUGCAGCGGUUUCAUGGCCAUGUUCUCAAGACUGAUACCUCAGAGCCCGUGCUACCCUGUUCUGUGGCUGGGCAGGGGCCGCUGAGCUCCGAGGUGCCAGGAGCUUCCUCCUUCAGUGACUCCAAUGAGAAGCUUUACGACUCUCACCCAGUUGCCAAAAAAAUCACAAGUCUCAUCGCUGAAAUGAUUGCACUUGACCUCCAGCCAUACUCUUUAGUAGACAAUGUUGGCUUCAGCAGGCUGCUCGAAUACUUGAAACCUCAGUACUCCCUCCCCUCCCCUUCCUACUUUUCCAGGACAGCUAUCCCAGGUAUGUAUGACGAUGUGAAGCAGAUCAUUAUGUCACAGCUGAAGGAAGCAGAGAGUGGGGUGGUCCACUUCACCUCUGGGAUCUGGAUGAGCAACCAGACCCGUGAGUACCUGACCCUCACAGCGCACUGGGUCACCUUCACAUCCUCUGUCCGCCCGCACUGCGAGGACCACCACUGCUCAGCCCUCCUGGAUGUAUCGCAGGUCGAUUGUGACUACAGUGGCAAUAGCAUCCAGAAGCAGCUGGAGUGCUGGUGGGAAGCCUGGGUGACCUCCCUUGGCCUCCAGAUUGGCAUCACAGUCACAGACAACCCUAACAUCGGGAAGACACUAAGUGAGGCAGAGCACUCAAGCGUGCAGUGCUUCAGCCACACGGUGAACCUGAUUGUGAAUGAGGCCAUCAAGAGCCAGAGGAUGGUGCAGAACCUGCUGAGUCUGGCGCGGAAGCUGUGCGAGCGUGUGCAGCGGUCUCCCAGGGCCAGGGAGAAGCUGGCAGAGCUGCAGAGAGAGUAUGAGCUGCCACCGCACCCACUUAUCCAGGACGUGCCGUCCCGGUGGAACACAUCCUUCCAUAUGCUCGAGCGGCUGCUGGAGCAGAAGAGGGCCAUCAACGAGAUGUCCAUUGAGUGCAACUUCCGGGAGCUCAUCAGCUGCGACCAGUGGGAAGUCAUGCAGUCUGUGUGCCAUGCAUUGAGGCCCUUUGACGCCGCCAGCCGGGAGAUGAGCACACAUGCAUCCACUCUGAGCCAGGUUAUCCCCAUGAUCCACAUCCUCAGCAGGAAGGUGGAGAUGCUAUUUGGGGAGACGAUGGGCAUCGACACCAUGCUGAAGUCACUGAAGGAAGCCAUGGCUAGCCGCCUGUCCGCCACCCUCCACGACCCCAGGUACGUCUUUGCCACGCUUCUGGACCCUCGCUACAAGACCUCCCUGUUCACGGAGGAGGAGGCAGAACAGUACAGGCAGGACUUAAUCAGGGAGCUAGAAAUACUGAAUUCUACCUCAGAAGACACAGUCGCCUCCCACGGCUGUGACUCAGGGUCCUCGCCAGGAGCUUCCGGCGGGGAGGACCUGUGGUCGCUGGUGGCCAAGGUGAAGAGGAGAGGUGGCAGGGAAAAGCCGCCCGAGGACAUGGUGCUUGCCUAUCUGGAGGAGGAGGUGCUGGAGCACGGCUGCGACCCCCUGGCCUACUGGAACCUGAAGCGCUCGUCCUGGCCUGUGCUGUCCACGCUAGCCGUCCGCUUUCUGGGCUGUCCUCCAAGCACAGUCACCUCCGAGAAGCUGUUCAGCACCCACACGGAGAACAGCAGCUUCGGCCAGCCCAGGCUCAUGAUGGAGCAUUUUGAAAAACUCAUCUUUUUGAAAGUGAAUCUGCCCUUGAUAUACUUUCAGUAUUGACCCCACCACGGAGCCGCAGACCAGAGGUGCUCUUCGGAGCGCAGUUGUACCCGGCUGUGACCCGCCCAGCAGGGCCGUGUGGGAUACUGGGCCGGCCUCUAGGGCCGCCUGUCAGCUCUCACGUCGUGUCCGCGUGUGCCUUACUCCUCCUGCAGCCAGGUAUUGCGGUGCGUUCUCAGAAGUCCACUGGCAACAGCCUCUCUCUAAUGAUGAAAUAGGAUGAUCAGGUUUUAAUUCAUAACUGUAAAGUUUUUUAAAGUUAGGGGUUAGUAAUUUGUUUUACUAGAAUGGAAAGAAGACAUAAACAGUUUUAUUCUGCAGGUCUUUUAUUCAAUUGUGUAAAAACCACAAAUCAGGUACUGUAUUUCAGUUAACAUUGCUUUAAUUGCAACAGAACAGCUUUCGUGGCUGUCCAAGGAAAGGUGUGAACAGGAGGUGGAGUUCGAGCUAUCUUGACCAAGCAGUUCUCAGCUGUAGGCUGUAAGCGUCGAGCAGAGAGAAUAUUCUGGAAGCUGACUCUUUAACAAGGACAGGGCAUUUGAAAUGAAACUGAAGUGAGGGGUCGCAGAGUAUCGGUCAUUUGGCCACCAGAACGUUCCAUUCCGGGCUUUGUAUUCAGGUUUUUACAUGGUUAACUCAGAGGUACCCAAGCUCUGUAUCAUGAGCUCCUUGAAAUCGGAUCCAAGUUUGUAAACUUGUGCUUAUGAUUUAGCCAGUACCUAAAAAUGAGCAACCUGUUGAUCCAAUCUCUGUGCGGCUUGUUCAGCACUGUGCUCUGAAGCCAUCCCCUACACAUCAUGUACACGGAUCCCCCAGUUUGAGCAGUUACGGCUAAGAUCCCUUUUAGAGGAGAUGGCUUCUUAAAACAGGGAAGGUGCUGGUCGUACUGCAGUUGUGAAAAUAGCCUUAGGCAUUUAGAUUUUUUAUGCUAGGGAAGAUCCAGCCAUCACUUGGGUGUUUAGAAUCCCAGUGACAUCAGAAUGAAAUAUCAGUUGUCAGAUUCUUUUAACAAUAUGUCCUCAAAGUUUUUGUGUUAACAUCUGAAAAAAGGGUUCAUUUUCUCAUUUCAAAUCAAUUUAAUAUUGAUCUUUUAGAAAAGCUGUCAUUUUGUUAAAAUAUUGUACCUAUACUUAAUCUAAAUUUGUGUGGACUAUGCUUUAGUGUAUUUAUAAAUGGUGAACUCAGUUUCUGAAAUUAAAUUUUUUAUUUGCAAUUUUCUA